AUGAUGGAUUAUGUUAGGCUGGUCUUGAACAACACCUGGGAGCCGUUGAAGAAGUGCGAAUGUCGGACGGUGGAACAUGAUGUGAAGAAACAGUGUGAUUUCAUGGUCCCUGCUCGGGGACUGGCGCGCCCCUCACGUGCAGUUCGACUUGUCAUCCUAGCAGCGGUCGCAGUUUUCUUGGUGUAUUGGAUGCUUUCAGUAGGUCCAGCGACGGAAUCUUCAAAUAGCGAAAACCUUCCCACAGAAACGCGUUAUGAUGUUCCUGCUGAAUGGAGUGAGAUGUGCGAGUUCUUGGAACGCGAUUGGCAGGGCGAGGAGGGUCAGAUUAAUGAUGAACUAUUCCGACAUGGUGAAAGAUCUCCAUUGCACACCGUGGAGGAUGCAGCUGGGUGCCUUCCGUUCAGAGAACAAGAUCGGCAGGAUUUCGAAAUGUACAAAAAACUGAUAGAGAGUGACGAUUUCAAUUUCUUUUUGCGAACCGACGUGAGAUUUGGAAACCUCACCAAAAUCCCGUCAUUAGCGCAUUGUUCCGCUGGACAAAUGACAGCUGAGGGUGCUCUGCAGCACGUGAAGUCUGGAAAAUACUUGAGAGAGAAAUAUAUGGAAUCGAAUAUUUUUUCAACAGAUUCUCGACUUAACGUCACUGUAGUGUCUUCACGAUAUAAUCGGACGCUUCAAUCUGCUAUAGCAUUCACGUCCUUCGUUUUGUUGCACCAUAAUAAAACUGCUUCAAAUUUCACAUUUCUGUGUGCUAGUCCGAAUUGCGCGUGCCAUAAAACGAAAAGAUGGAGAGGCCAGUUCGAGAAGGAGCGGUACGAGUAUUUCGUUCAACGUUCGCCAGCGCAGCUGAGAAGAGAAGCAGACGUGGUUAGAACUCAGAGCGCUUUCUUCCAUGCCAAGGAUCCAUUCCAAAUAAUCGACGUUGCUCUUGGGAGGUAUGUGUGCCGUCGGAAAGCCCUCCCUUGUUUCGGAAAGUCGUACUGUUUGAGCUACGAGUUCCUAAGCCAGCUUCUAAAUGAAACGACAACUCGUAAAAAAGUGAUGUAUGAAGAAGGUUCGCGCUAUGUUGUGGAAAAAUUGAAUCUAGUAGAAGCUUACGGAGUUCUUUAUCAUGUAGCUGAAACCAUCGCAAAUCUAAGAAGAUUCCCUCAUACAAAUAGCAUUCAGAUCUUCUCUGGUCACGAUGUAACACUGGCGCCGAUAUUAAUGGUACUAAAAGUACCAUUCAUAGAUCCACCACACUAUGUAUCACGUCUAGUUUUCGAGUUUUAUGAGCUAGUGGACAGCCCGUCCGCGAAGGACGCAAUAUUUCUUCGGUUUCUUUAUAAUGGCAAAGAUAUCACGAAAAACGUGUUUUUCUGCGAAGCUGAGCUGAACAAUGGGUUAUGUCCCGGUCAAAAAAUGGAGCAUUUUGUUCACAAUGAAAUAUUCCUACCUUUAAACAAGAAAUCUCUGUUAGAAGUGUGUGAUUAG